UCCAACAUUAAUUUCUGUGCCUCAGGAGGAAACAGUUGGGUGUAGUGUUUUGUGUUGUGUCGACUUUGUAUUUAUAAACACGCGUCGUAAUGUUAGCUACAACUACAAUGUUCUGCUAGAAUUAACUUUACGAAUUCUAAAAUUAAAGUGUUUCCUUGGUUAGUGCUUUACACAAAAUUUCCAACAUGAGUUUCAAGAAGGAUUUCGACACCUCAAAGAAGAUCCAGGAGGAUGAAAACACAGACUCUGGGUUCCUAUCUGGGCCGAUAAGUGAGCAGCUGACCUCGGAAGAUUGUGAUUUAGCUGAGGAAAGUGAGCGUGCUCGCAGCAGGCUUAGUGAGGAAGAUCCUGAGCCUGAGCUGCAGUUGGACAGUGGGCUGGACCUCUCGGAGUGUCUGUCGAGUGUUAAGCUUAGUGAUAGUGCAGUGUACACACCCACCUCGCAGACCACCCCCACAGUCACUAUAGGUGAUGAGAAAACUCAUGACAUCCCGCCCCUCGCCAUCCUGUUCCAGCAGGAUGACGAUGGAGACACACAACUACACAUUGCAGCGGUACAUGGAUGUGAAAAAUCAGUAGGAACAUUAGUAAGAGUUUGCCCUGACAAAGAUUGGCUAAAUGUACCAAAUGACUUUGGACAGACCGCCUUACACUUAGCAGCCAUGAGUGGGCAUGCAGUAGUCACACGCAUGCUGGUGAUGGCCGGUGCAUCUCUUGGCAUUCGAGACCUUGUUGGCAACACACCUUUACAUGUGGCGGCCGCAGCGGGCUAUGUCGGCUGUCUCCAAGCUUUACUGGCUCCUGCUCCAGAACAACCGCAGAGAAGGCUAGCAUCCACGUUGAACCAGAAAAAUUACAAUGGUCAAACGUGCGUGCAUGUGGCUGCGAUGGCCGGCCACGUCGACGCGCUGCAGACAUUGGUCUAUUACGGAGCUAACAUCAAUGCUGCGGAGGGUCUAUGCGGGUGGACACCGCUACACGUGGCGGCGGCGCGAGGGGACGUCGACACGGCCCGCUACCUGCUCGAGAAGUGCGCUGGCGUCGACCCCUCUGCCCUGGACUACGCCGGUCGUACGGCCAGGAAGCUGGCGUUGAAGAAUAAAGCGGCUGCCCUGUUCGACGGCAGCGAGGGCAGCGAGGAGGAGGAUAGUGACAGUGAGGAUGAGAUGCUUCUGGAAAGCGACCAGAGUCUGUUCGACCGGAUCCGUGACGGUAUGAACGCCAUCAACGUCGCCUGACCACGCCAACACUCAACAUAAAAUGGUUGUAGCCGAAAUAGUAUCGAUACGCAUUCGCAAUCUACAGAUUUUACAUUUGGGUCCACACGAUUUGACUUACUAGACGACAUAGCUAGUUGGCUGUAUAGAGUGAUCACAUUUGCCGAGAAAAUUAUAAACGAGGUAUUUUUGUUGUUAAGUUGGUACACAUCGUGUGGACCCAAAAUUAAAGCACUAUCGUAUCGUAUCGCCUAAGUUAAGCUCUAUUUAAUCUGUAUUUGUUUUAAAUUCUUAAAUCGACAGUUGCCAAAUAUUGUUGAGAUAUUUUUCCUCUUUUAAUGCCAUUUACAUUAUGUGAUAGUGUAGGGUUUUUCCUGUAUGUUUUGUUUACUAACAAUGCUAUAAAUUGCAUUUUUUUAUCACCAACAUGAGUAACCCAACCCAGUUGGAUACUCCUUGCAGUUUUUACCUAUAUACUUUAAAAUAUAUUCUUGUACAUACUUUCGUUUUAAAAUAUGAAUAUACGUAUAUCUAUAUUAUAUACAAUGUAUGUUUAUAAUCCUUUCUUUAGAAAGUUAAAAGAAAUAUAUUUUCUUCGUAGUUGAGGAAACGUAUGCGUAUUAUUAUAAAUAUUCUACAUAAUUAAGCUACCAUAAUAAUGUAAUUAUCUUUUUAUCUUAUCUCUUCUAAAGACGGUAGCCGAAUUUUAAAUUAACAUUUAUACGUAUGGUGCUAUAUCCGUGGAAAUAAGAAAAAUAUAAGUAUAAGCUGCUGCCAUAUUCAUGUCAUCUAAGCCUUACCGAAACGAUAUCGAAUUCGCAAUAAAUGGAUGCUAGUGAA